AUGCGCCUGAGGCUGUUCUUGGGGAGACUAUGGGCUAUGCUAUCUCCUCUGGGCUCAACUCUCACACCCAAAUCGAGAACUAUCACUCGAAGCAAACGAAACCCGAUCCUUGUGCUGAAUAAAUACCUCAAAACUACUACAGUUGCAGUCCUUGGCAUCAACAAAAUUAUCAUGUCCAACAACGAUCGAGCCAGCGGAGGAAGCAGUGGAAGCAUGGAGCGUUCAUUUGCCAUUGAAGAUGCAACAAUGAAAGCUGGUGAUGUCAGUCAGAAAAAACGCCAGGACGCCAAGAAGAAGAAAGAGCAGGAGGCGGAGGCCAAACGACAGUACGAUGCUAGCCAAGCCUCACUCUCGGCCGGAGAUGUGAGCAAGAACAGGCGCAAGAACAAAGAGAAGCGUUGA